AGGAAAGCUGCAAGUUUUCGCAGUUGGCUAAAAACGUCGUAAGUGAAAAUUUUCCUGGUGCUGCGUAAAUUUUCAGUUUCAGCACAGAGCCAGUGUGGAAUUCCUUCGUAGGCAAAGGCUGUCGUGGCAAGUGGAACCCGCACAUACACAUACACACACAAACAUACACAUACCCUCGCAACUGUUGUUAACCGCAGCCAAGUCGUCGAGCCGUGAGAAGACCGUUUUGCGUGUCGUCUGUCUGUGUGUGUGAGUGUGCGUUGAGGUUCAUUGACGAAUAGUCGAAAAAGCUCCCAAGAAAGAAAGAGAAAGAGAGAACGUACGAGAGAGCGCAACGGCAAGACAGUGAGAGAGCGAACGAACGAGCGCAGGCAUCACGAUAACCCAAACAACGAAAGGCCAAAGUUGCUCUGCACCUAGCCCUUCCCCCUUUUUUCGUUCGCCGCAAGCAGCCCCUUAAACCAAAACAGCGCUCAAAAAGCGUGAUAGAGGCAAGUGCAAUAAAAGCAUUCACGGAACACGGACACGUUAUUUGGACACGGGACAGGAAUAUACAUAUAUAGUCACCGUCAUCGUAAAUUGAGAGUCCGAGACGCAGACGACGUUUGCAAUUUGUUAAUACAACAACAAUAACAAACACAACAACAAACAGAAAGCAAUCCGCACACACAAAACCCAAAAAGCUUUUAACAAAAUGGGCAAAAAAGACAAGAACAAGGAACAGGCGGACGCUGCAGCAGCUGGCGAUGCACCACCAACCGACGGCCCACCAGCCGGUGAGGGAGGCGAUGGUGAGAUUGUGGGCGGACCACGCAACCCGCAGCAAAUUGCGGCACAAAAGCGCUUGCAGCAAACGCAGGCCCAAGUCGAUGAGGUUGUUGAUAUUAUGCGCACGAAUGUCGAAAAGGUGCUGGAGCGAGAUGCCAAGCUCUCGGAGCUGGACGAUCGUGCCGAUGCUUUACAACAAGGCGCGUCGCAAUUCGAGCAACAGGCGGGCAAACUGAAGCGAAAAUUCUGGUUGCAGAAUUUGAAGAUGAUGAUCAUCAUGGGCGUGAUUGGACUGGUUAUUGUGGGCAUUAUAGCAAAUAAACUUGGCCUCAUUGGGGGCGAUCAACAGCAGCCGCCGCCAUAUUAUCAACAAUAUCCACCAUACAGGCCACCAGCACCAGGAGCCGGUGCACCCGCCCCUGGAGAACAGUCGGCACUGGUUGAUCAUGGAGCAGAUGGUGGCGCCGCAGCAGGGGGUGGGGCAGCGGCUGAGCCGGGGCACGGUGGCGUAUAAGUAAUUAAUUACGUAUACUAAAGCCAAAACAGCAGAAUGUUUCUUGAUUACCAACAAAAAAGUCAAAUGAAAUCUAAAAGCAAACACAAAAGAAAAAAAAACAAAACUCAGUUACACUAGAAAAUCUCGAGAAUUGCAGAAAACAAAAGAAAAAAGAAGAAAAAGAAAAACACACAUAAUAAUUUCUACGUAAACUUGUACGAAGAUUGCAAAAGAAGAAGAGAUUGCGACAAAACAUUUUAAGUAAAAAUUAUGACUCAUAAUAUUAAUAAAUAAAUAUAAUAAAAAUCUAAAAGACGCUCCGGACAAAUUAAAGUUGUUGCUAAUUUGUUUAUGGUUACAUUAUUUCAUGCAUAUACUUAUAUAUAAAUAAAUAUAUAUCUAUAUAUAAACUAUAUGUAUAUAGUAUGCAUUAUGCAUAAACUAUAUAUAAUAUACAUACAUAUAUUGUACUUAAUACUAACUUACCCUCUGUGCUGGCAACAAGGAGCGCCAGCCCCAGGCCAAUGUUCAGGUUGCUUCCCAGCAUUUUCGCAUUCGCAGCUCUUUGAACUCAGUUUCCUUAGCUAAAAAAAAAACCAAACCCAAAUAAAAAAAACUUUCGGAACACACUUUCGAACAAACAUUAGACAAAAUCUAAGCUUUUGUUCCUAACUAAAACGAAACAAAAACGUUACCAAAAACUAAAAAAAUAUUUGACAUGUAUAAUCCACAAAAACGUAAAAGAUAAACAGAGGAGAAGGAUAAACUUAUCUAGAAAUAAAUGUAUUACUGUGCAAAAAAAAAGAACAUAUUUAAAUACAAAAUGAAGGCAAUGUAGUCAAAUGAAAAGAAGAUUGAACAACAACCAAAACAAAAAAAAAAAAAAAACAAAAAUAAAGAGAGAU